AUGCAUGUUUUGAAAUUUGUGUUAAAAUUAGAACAGAAGACGCGAAAAUUUCCUGUGCUCGUCUUCAUCCACGGGGACUCCUUUGAGUGGAGUUCUGGCAAUCCGUAUGAUGGUAGAAUGCUGACGUCUUAUGGGAAUGUCAUGGUGAUCACUGUCAACUUCAGGCUUGGGAUAUUGGGUUUUAUGAAACCAAGUUUAACAGAACACGUUUACGGUAAUAACGGACUUCUAGAUCAACUGGCAGCACUUCAGUGGAUCAAAGACAAUAUUGAGGAUAUGAAUGGAGAUCCAACAUCAGUAACCCUGAUGGGACAUGGCACUGGAGCUGCCUGCAUUAAUUUUUUAAUGCUGUCACCAAUAUCUAAUGGUUUAUUUCAUCGCGCAAUACUCAUGUCAGGUUCGGCGCUCUCAGACUGGGCGAUGACAAAAGAUCCGACACCUUACACGUUACAAGUAGCGCAAAGUCUUGGUUGCAGUCCGAAUUCUAAGAAUAUGAUGUCAUGUUUGCAGAGAAAACCGUUAUCCGAGAUAAAGAAGGUGCAGAUUCUGGCGAGAGAAUUCGAGACACCAUUGGGACCGGUAGUCGCUGGAUCGUUUAUACCUAAUGAACCAGCUAAGACUAUGGAAUCAUACCCUAACCUUUUAAGCAAGUAUCAACUGUUAAGCGGGGUAACAGAAUUGGAUCGGUAUCACGAUUUUGGAGUCAUAGAAUUGGAACAUGGAGUAUUAGAGAACCAACGGGAUGACUUCAUAAAAAAAUACGCUAAGAUAAUAUUCGAAGGUGCUGAAAAUGAAGUGCUGAAGACAGUGUUGAAAGAAUAUUCUCCCUCAAAACUAGAUCCUCAAAGAUGGAAUGUAGAAACCAACCGUGAUGUCAUCCUUAACAUGUUUAGUGAUGCUCGAUCAUUGUCUCCGGUUGUCCGUUUCGCUGAUUAUCAGUCGAAAGCCAACAGUCAGUCCUACUUCUAUGUAUUUGGACACAACUCUGUCAGUUCUGAUUAUGCUGCUCUCAAUAAAAGCGUCCAAGGAGAAGAACUGCCAUAUGUUUUCGGGGUUCCACUUGGUCUUACAAACACACAUUUUAGUGUCGACUACACACAACAAGAAAAACUUCUUAGUGAAGUCGUUAUGAAGAUGUGGUCCAACUUUGUCAAAAAUGGGUCUCCAAACAUACAAUCACCUGUGAAAUUCUUCAACCUGGAUAAAAGACAAUGGAGUCUCUACAAUCUUUAUUGGCCUGAAUAUGAUUCCAAACAUCAAACAUAUUUGAGAUUCGAUAUCCCACCGGGACAAGAAGCAGCAUAUAGGUCAAACUUCACUAAGUUCUGGGGAGACAUAUUGCCCAAAAAGAUGAGUGAAUUUAUAGUAGAUCCAUUAUUUGAAUACACGCGUAAAGUACAGACCACACAGCGACCAAAGCAGGUGGUAGCCAAAUCAGUCCACAGGAACACUUAUAAUCCAUCAGAUGACACACAUAGAAUAUCAGCACCACGUGUAGCAGAAACAUCGCAUUAUUCAUCAUCUACAUAUGGUAGAUUGAGGCCUUAUUCGCAGCCUAUACACAGACCGGAUACUAAUUUUAUAUAUAAGGAAAUAAUGUCAAUUGAUAAGCCGCAUUCUAUGCCAUCAGGAUUAAGUGAAACACCUACAGUACAAAGUACCACAGUGAAACCAAAACUCAACAUGCCGGUUAAAACAUCGAGUGCAACCAUUACAUUAAUAGUCUCAUUAGGCAUCCUGUUUUUAGCCGUUAAUUUUGGUAUCUGCUCCAUUUUAUAUUUCAAAAAGCGUAAACUUAGACUUCGGGAACAGACACUAGAUAUUUCUCGUCAACCACGUGCUGAAAUUGGCGAAGUAGACGUAAUCGGUCAAAAAAGUUCUAAAGAUGAUAAAAGUGCUUUACGUACUUUAAAAAAUAGCUGCAGUGUGAUCAAGUCUAUGAGCUUCAAUAAAUCGAAAAGCAAUUCUAAGAAACAAAAAAAGAAAUCUGAAGUCUGUAAAACUCCAAAAUCAGAUGACUCAGGAGGUUUUAGAGAAAGAUUUCAAUUAAGAAGACACUUAUCGACAAGUACACUGGAUGCUCAUACAAAAGUAAGGGAUUGGAUCGCAAAUGAAGUUAUGCAUCGAUGUUCCCCAGGCAUUCUUAGACAGUCAAAUUCUGAUUUGAACGAAAAAAGUAUCACAGUAGCUAAACCGUUUACAAGAUCCGAAGAAUUACUUUCAGACUCAAAGAGAAAAAAAGAUGAAUUGAAAAUGAACGAUAGCGUCAACUCUAAAAGCUUAACAUCUAAAAGUCAUAGUAAAACUAAAACUUCAGAAAAAACUACUUCAACCUCGGCUCUUGGUUCACAUUCAUCUAUAAGUAGCACUACUAAGCGGUCACUUAAUGAUAUUAAAAAAAAUAGUAAAUCUAUUGACUCUAUAAAAAGUAAAGACACGGAAAGUCUUAAAUCUAAAAAGGUGUCUGUAGCUAUUGAUGCUACGCCUGCUGCCCGCACUAAUUCUAUACUAAACCAAGACCCAAUUAAAAUCGUGAAAUCAUGCGAUUCCAGCGAUCAAAUACAUUCCAAUUCCAAUAUCGUGAAUAAACUUAAUGGGAACGACUCUAAGACCGUUAUUAAAAAUAAUAAAGAAGAAGAAACAUUUACAAAUAUCAUCACUCUAUCAGUGACACAAAAGCCUUUGAUAAUUUCUCAUAAACAUUCUUCAUCUGAUCCUGUAACAGACAUUAACUAUGAAAAAUUAAUAGAAAAAAUGGAAUAUGGAAAUAUUGCAAAUAUUUUACCACCAGUUACGUUUCGAAAUGAUAUUAACGUGACGUCAAGAGAAGAAAACUCGAGCAACCCUAUGACUGCUGAACAGGCCUUGCAGCACAUGAAGAAUAGAAACUUUCCAAAAGUACUACCUGACUUGCCGAAAGCACAAAAACGAUUGUCGCUACAGCCUAACUCAUUACAAACCUUUCGUGGUUAUUCUAUGGAGAGUCAAACUGAUCGUCCUCGAGUUCCACCACAGCCACCUCCAAGAACCACAACAUUGGAAAGGCGUCUUGCUUAUACAAGUACUAAGCCUUUAUCUUCUUUUGACGUUUCACAAGUUAAGAAAAUCAAUGAAGAUGUUGUACCAAAAGAUUAUGAAAAUAUAGACAACUUGUCGUCUUACCAUAAUAUUCAACAAAAUGUCUUAAACAACAAAAAUAAAUUUAUCCACACAGAUUCAACCAUCACGAUGCCAAAGGAAAGAGUUCCAAGAGUAAUAAUAGCUUCAAGUGACAUUCCAUCCAUACAAGAUCCAAAAAUAGUUAUAACUCCAUCUCCUAGUCAGAUUGAAAUACCGAUAAAUGGUCCAAGGGUACGCUUGCCCGAUGAUUUUCAUUCAAGGCAAGGAUCACUAACAUCAUUUUCUUCAUUUUACUCUGAUGAUGACGACGAUGAAGAUGAUAAUGAUGAGACUUUUGAAGAUUUUGAAAAUGAACUCAUCAAAGAAUUAGUUGGAGGUGUUGACUCGCCAACAAAUAUGCUUGAUUCAAAAGGGCCUGAAACAAUUUUUGAAAAAAAAUUAGAAAUUGUACCCGUUAAGAUUAAUCAUGGGAAUAUUCCUUCCAAGAUAAAAGAUGAAAGAGACUUUGUAUGUUUUAGCAACUUGCUGUUACCAGACGUAAGUGAUUUAGAAAAAACAGCACAAAUCAAGCCGAAUCUAAGUUUAAAUAAACUUCAGCAUCGCACUGAAAGUAUUAACAAACCACCAGAAAAGGCCGUUAAAGUGAAACAGAGAAAAAGUAUGAGAACACCUUCCAUUUUAAAUAGACACGCAAAGAGUAAAAGGGGUAGUGAUAGAAGUAACAAUGAUUCUAUAAAGCUGGAACAUUCUACUUCUGGUUCAUCUAAUGAUACUGAAACGAGUACAGGAACUGUAAAGAGAGUUGAGUUGAAGAAAGAGUGA